AAUGCACAGGGAAUUGGAGAAAGCGGGUGGGGAAAAAUAUUGUCCAAGUAGUGGGUUCUCUAAUCUAUAUUGAGGAAGAAGCUGGAGAGAUCUGGAAGCUCAGCAUGACAGCUUAGGUCACUGCAGUCGAUUCUAGAAUUUUCAGUAGCGCAACACUGUCGUUAGGUUGACCGAGGAAUGAAGAAGACGGAACCAGGUCCUGUGGGCCAUAUACCAGAGGAGUUAUCUCAGGGAACAAGAAAAGACCCUCCUUUUCUCCAGGCCGGGACUGUUGGGGAAUUCCUGCAAAUGAGACCAGGGGAAGAGGUUAAGCAGGAACCAGAUGAGGGUUCCCUGCAGCAGUGGGAAACCCAAUGGCAGGAAUUCCUGAAGACGGUGGAAUCCCCUCACUCAGGCUGGGGCAGUCCUAGGUUGCCAGAGGAGCCUUGGGAGGACGCCAAGGCCUUCCUGGCCUCCUUCGAGCAAGUGGCCGAGGCCUGCCGGUGGCCCAAGGAAGAGUGGGUAGGCCGUCUCCUGCCGGCUUUGAGUGGAGAGGCCGAGCAGGCCUUUAUCGGCCUGGAGGCCAAAGACAGAGAGGAUUAUGGGAGCGUGAAGGCGGCCAUCUUGCGAGGCGACGCCUUGAGGAGGGAGGAGCAGCGCCAGCGCUUCCGUCGUUUCCGCUACCAGGAGGCCGAGGGGCCGAGGGGGGCUUACAGCCGGCUCCAAGAGCUUUGCCGACGGUGGCUGAAGGCCGAGACAUACACAAAGGAGCAGAUCUUGGAGCUGCUGAUCCUAGAGCAGUUCCUGACCAUCCUGCCCCCGGAGAUCCAGAGGUGGGUCAGGGAAUGCGGCCCAGAGACCUGCUCCCAGGCGGUGGCCCUGGCCGAGGACUUCCUGCUGAGGCAGCGAGAGGCCGAGAGGCAGGAAAACCAGGUCCCAUCGGAGGAGGCGGUGAAUUCCUCGGGAGCAGGCCACGCUCCAGCUGACGUCCAGCAGAGGCAGCUGUGCAUAGAGACCAAACAGGAAAAGGAUGACGGGGUUGCCGUCCUACUGGGUGAUGAGUGGAAAAGUGAGCAUGACAGAGAAACCUGCGGAGAUUUGUCAGAAAAAGACGAACACAGAGAAUUGAAAGGUUGGCAUGGAGAUGGACCAGCGAGGCCUGAGGGAAACCACACGGAGGAGAGGAAGGACAAAUCUGUUGCUCUGCAGAUUGGAGUAAUCUCAGUGCAGCCAGAAAACCAGAAAGAAAAGAGAAAGGACCCAGGCCACGGCGACCGUUGGGGAAUUAACAGUGAGGCGCAACCAAAUGAAAGCGGGGUUUUUCGAAAGCGCUUGAGCGAGCGUGGAAAUCUGACGGAAUACGAAAUGCUCCAAAGCGGGGAGAGCUCGUACGUCUACCUGGAGUGCGGGGAGAGCUUCCAGGCAGCCGAGGUGCAAUAUCGGCGCUCCGACUCCAACGAGAGCUUUUGCAAUCGGUCAGGUCUUGCCGAACAUCCGAGAACGCCGAAAGGGGAGAAACUGUACAAAUGCCUGGAAUGUGGGAAAUGCUUCGGCCGGAGCGCGCACCUCACUUCACACCAGAUAAUCCACACGGGGGAGAAGCCAUACCAGUGCUUGGAAUGCGGGAAGAGCUUCGUCCAGAGCGCCCACCUGGCCUCCCAUCAAAUCAUCCACACGGGGGAGAAGCCGUACCAAUGCGCAGAGUGCGGAAAGAGCUUCAACAAGAGCACGAACUUCCUCCGGCACCAGAAGAUCCACAAGGGGGAGAAACCGCACCGAUGCACAGACUGUAGCAAGAGCUUCUCGGACAAGCCAAGCCUUAUCCAGCAUCAACGCGUCCACACGGGGGAGAAGCCGUAUAAAUGCCUGGAGUGCGGGAAGAGCUUCAGUCACAGGGGAAGCCUCAGCGCGCACCAAAGGAUGCACACUGGGGAGAGGCCCUACACAUGCUCCGACUGCAGCAAGAGCUUCCGCGAUCAAUCAAGCCUUAUUAGACACAAGAGAAUCCACACCGGGGAGAAACCAUAUACUUGCCCGGAGUGCGGAAAGAGCUUCAGCCAGAGACCCAGCCUCAAGGCGCACCAGCGGGUCCACACCGGGGAGAAGCCCUAUACGUGUUUGGAGUGCGGAAAGAGCUUCAUUCAAGUUUCCAACCUCACGGCCCAUAAAAGAACCCACACGGGGGAGAAACCGUACCGGUGCGCCGAGUGCGGGAAAAGCUUCAGCCGGAGCGACCAUCUUGCUUUGCACCAGAGGACGCACACGGGGGAGAAGCCUUACUCGUGCGCCGAGUGCGGGAAGUGCUUCAGCCAGAGCACGGACCUCACCUCACAUCAGAGAAUCCACACUGGGGAGAAGCCCUAUAAGUGUUUGGAGUGCGGGAAGAAUUUCAGCCGGAGUUACCGCCUGACCAUACAUCAGAGAAUGCACACCGGGGAGAAGCCGUACAAAUGCUGGGAGUGCGGGAAGUGCUUCAGCCGGAGCGACCACCUGACUUCACAUAAAAGAAUGCAUGCGGAGAAGAAAUCAUGAUCUUUCCCCCAGACACUGAGCCGUCACGGCUGCCCUGUUCUUGGCCACUCGGGAGGUCGCAUGGCAAAGAAAUGGCAUAGCUCAGGGGUGCAGAACCUCCAUGCAGGAGAAGCUCUCGGGGGCCGCAGCCCAGCAGUGGGCGGGGCCAAAGGCAAAGUGGGCGGGGUCAAAAUUAUCGGCCUAUUGUAGCUUAAAGCUCUUACUGUCAGUAACUAAA